AUGGGACUCGUCAUCCCGGGAAGCAACGCUGGUGAGGCUACGCAGCUGAUCGAGCUUAAUCUCAAUCCCACGCCUAUGGGGCUCUCCUUGCAAAAGGUGAAAUUCUGGUUCGCGACCGGCGGAGCGGGAUUCUGCAUCAGCAGGGCACUGGCGCUGAAGAUGACGCCUGUGGCUGGGGGCGGGAAGUUCAUCACGGUGGGCGACAGAAUUAGGUUGCCCGACGACGUGACGAUGGGCUAUAUUAUCGAGUACCUACUGAAAAAGCAGCUGACUGUAGUCGAGCAGUUCCAUUCCCAUCUGGAGCCGAUGAAGUUUCUCAACAAGGACACGUUCGCUGAACAGGUGUCGUUCAGCUACUCCAAGGGCCCCAGGGACGAGUGGAACAUCUUGAAGAUCGAUGGCUUCGACAUGAAGGACGACCCGAAGAGAUUCAGGUCGAUCCACUGCCAUCUGUUCCCCCACGUGGCCAAUUGUCCGCACAGAUGAUGAGCAGCCGGCUGAGGAGGCCGCGUCGUCCCGGCGUCGACGAAGAGAAACGGGGGCGGGAGGGCCGAUGAUCGAUCACGAUCCGGAGCCACCGUCCAGGUCCUCGGAUCCAGACUUCUUUCCGCUUCGCCGCGUUUCUCGUCGCGUUUGCGCGUUUCUCGACGCGCUCAACGUACCUCGUGACUUCGUCGAUAUUGCCUUGAUGCAGGAACAAACUCUGUUACACUGGAGACGCUCGGAAUUUAACCGUUAACGAUCUGGAAAUAUUCAUCGUGCUCUUCGAUCGUUGAAACGAUGUUUUCUUUUAGGAAGUAUUAGUGGAGCGAUUCGAUUAUUUUGUAGAAAUAUGUAGAAGCUUCGGAAGAUGAAGCUGAAUUAUAUGAUCGGUUAAACGGUGGAAGUGUACCGAUCUCUUGCUGUUUCAGUAAUUAACAUUAAAGCUACCGAGAAAUUUAGACUUUUUGAAAAUUCUCCAUUGAAGCUGAAUUAUAUAUCGAUCGGUUAAACGGUAGAACUGGAAUCGUACCGAUCUCUUGCUGUUUCAGUAAUUAACAUUAAAACUACCGAGAAAUUUAGACUUUUUGAAAAUUCUCCAUUGAAGCUGAAUUAUAUAUCGAUCGGUUAAACGGUAGAAGUGGAAUCGUACCGAUCUCUUGCUGUUUCAGUAAAUAACACUAAAACCGAGAAAUGAAGUUGACUCUUUGAAGAUUCUCGAUAGAAGCUGAAUUAUAUGUCGAUCCGUUAAACGGCAGAAGUGGAAUCGUACCGAUCUCCUGCUGUUUCAGUAAUGAACACUAAAACCAAGAAAUGAAGUUGACUCUUUGAAAAUUCUCCAUUGAAGCUGAAUUAUAUAUUGAUCGGCUAAACGGUAGAAGUGGAAUCGUACCGAUCUCCUACUGUUUCAGUAAUUAACAUUAAAACCACCGAGAAAUGAAGUUGACUCUGAAAAUUCUCCAUUGAAGCUGAAUUAUAUAUUGAUCGGUUAAACGGUAGAACUGGAAUCGUACCGAUCUCUUGCUGUUUCAGUAAUUAACACUAAAACCACCGAGAAAUUAAGACUUUUUUAAGGUAAGGGUUGAAUCUGAAUACGAUACUUUCAUUCGACAAUACGCAAUUGUUACGAUUGAUCGAUGAUCUACUUACAAUGAAAUCAUUGCUAUCGUCCCAGAUACAUCAGUUCAUUGUUCACUUGCCACACACUUAUGAAUUCACACAAUUAGAAUAUAAUGACGUCGGUAAGGGUUGAAUCUGAAUACGAUACUUUCAUUCGAUAAUACGCAAUCGUUACGAUUGAUCGAUGAUCUACUUAGUAUGAAAUCAUUGCUAGCGUCCCAGACACAUCAGUUCAUUUUUCACUUGCCUUUUGUCUGCAUCAACGCAAUAUUUUCGCGCGACGACGAAUGGUUGCCCGCAGGAGCUAAUUAUUUUUCUUCCUCGUCCUUCGAGCGAGACGCGUAAACGAUCGAUCGAGGGGAUCGCGGCGGUCCUCUUGCUCGACGGUCGAUAGGCUUUAAUUUUCAAUUAAGUUCGCAGAUGAUCCAGGCGGCUCGUCUUUGUACGGGCCACGAGAUGGAAUUUGUUCGUCGAUCGGGUAAACCGCGGGAGAGGUUUCCCCGUCGUCGAGAGUUUUACGGUAUAUAUAGAUUCUUGUAUAUAUAUAUAGGGAGGAUCGAUCGAGCCUUUCAUAUUUUAUUUUGUACAUAACGGGUAAGACACCCAAGGCAGGUCGCGGCUCGAGAGGACGCAGGGAAUCUUCGUUCGAACGAAUCGACUGGGAUAGAACAAUUAUUUGCUCGCUUGGGCGUUUCGCACCCGUGUCACGUAUUAUGUAUUGUGAACAUUGAAAAUUUAAUGUACAGUAUGUGCACAUUAGGUGUCUUGGAAUUAAACGUACGGAAACUGUAAUGAAUUUCAGGCGUCUGCGAGAGUGAUCCACUAUGAUGCAAUAUAGUCUCGAUUAGGAAAUGUUUGUUUGAUAUAAAUUUUUGGAUAUAGGUGUUUGAGGUUUUUAAGAGUAUUAUGUUUUUGGGGGACGAAGAAUUUGAAAAUGUCUCUGAAAUUAGUAUUAUUCGAGUAUUGUAGGUGUUUGAGUUUCGAGGAUGUAGAAUUUUUGGAAAGUUCUACAUUUGUGAUUGAUAUUCGAAUGUUAGAUGUUUGAGUUGUUUCGGGAACGUAGGAUUUUUGAUAAAUUAAACAUUAUUGCGAUAUUAUUCGAAUAUCGUAGAUGCUUGAGUUCCGAGAAUAUAGAAUUUUUGAAAAGUUCAAUAUUCUUGCGAUUAAUAUUCGAAUAUUGUAAAUGUUUGAGUCGUUUCGAGAACGUAGAAUUUUUGAUAAAUUAAACAUUAUUGCAAUAUUAUUCGAAUAUUAUAAAUCUUUGAUUCGUUCCAAAGAGAAUAUAGAAUUUGAAAGAAAUUGAAGGAACAUUUUUCCAAUAUUAUUCGAAUAUCGUAGAUGCUUGAGUUCCUAGAAUAUAGAAUUUUUGAAAAGUUCAUUUGCGAUUGAUAUUCGGAUAUUAGAUGUUUGAUAAAUUAAACAUUAUUGCAAUAUUAUUCGAAUAUUAUAAAUCUUUAAGACGCUCCGAAGAAAGUAUAGAAUUUCAAAAGAAUUUAAGGAACAUUUUCCCAAUAUUAUUCGAAUAUCGUAGACGUCCGAAUCGAUUCGAGGAUAUAGUUCUUCAAGAAUAAGGAAAUAGAUCCAGUGGAUUAUUUAUUGGUGCAUUGGACAGACGAGCGAUGCGCCGAGCGUGUGUACGUGCGUUAGAAUAUAAAUUAUUCGGAAGGUUGCUGGAGCGCGGGCGAAGCGAGGCGACGCGUGAGAAAUGAUUUUUUAAGGAGCUGAACGUGUGCAAAUAUUUCUUUUAUCCGGCGAGUGUGUGUGUGUGGCGUUCGUGGCGAUUGUACCAUAUGACGAGAGAUGCAAGGAACAUUUGGCGACGCUUCUCGCCGCCGCGAAUCGAAAUUACCUUAAGCUAGUCUCUUGCGCGGGGAAGCCGAUGGCCGUACAAUGUGAUAUUUAAUGGGUGCGAGUGGAUUCGCGAUAUUGCUUUCGCGCGGGGAACAGGGAAUCGGACAGUCACUCGACAAAAAUAAUCAUUAGCUUCCGAACAAAAUUCUCAAAAUUCUCAAAAUCUCAAAAUUCUCACAAUUCUCACAAUUCUCACAAUUCUCACAAUUCUCAAAAUCUCAGAUCUCUAUUUUAACGAAUAUUCAUUUGAAAAAUUUGAUUUUAGAGUCAAUUCCUUGAAAAUCUGUUGGUCCACUAUUCAAUUACGAAUUUGCAAUGCAACGAAUGUUUGAAAACUAGAAUUUCAAUAAUACGAAAUGUAGAUAUGAAAUCUACCGUUCGGUGAGAUCGAGAGUUUCAAUUGUUUUUAGUAUAACAUUUGUGGAAGAAGAUUUCGCUGUAUUGAAUUUUCUUAUUUUUUAUUCUUUAGCCUUAAAGAAGUAUUAAAAAUAAGAAGAUAAGUAAGGUUGUGUGCGAGGUUAUUUUCCGUUGAAAUGAAUCUUCGUUUGCGCGAAUCCGAUUAGACGGAACGAGUUUCCCGUCCGAUUCCCGAUUGUUCCCGUUCUCUGUGCUGUCGAUCGAAUCAGUGUGCAAUAUUGAGAGAAAGAGAGUGAGAGAAAUAAAACUGUCGUUCGUGGGUUAGCAGCUCGCAGUCGGAUUAAUUGUUUGCCUUUCCCGGCGGAGGAUCCCGCGGGGAAAAAUCUCGGUGUGAACGCACCUGUUGCGCGAGAAAAACGAGCGGAAAGAGGAGAGCCGUGCGGCAUCGCCGAGUGGAAUCGGCGGGCACGGUUGUAACGUUGUAACAAUGAUGUUUUAUAUAAUACACGAUAUUCCAUAUCACACGCGCGUCUACCUUUUCGUUGGAUUGUUCUCAUUGUUCCGUGGAAAAUCGGCUCCCUGUUUCCUGUUUCCUUGUUGCCUGGAAAACAAUCGUUUUAUUUGCGUCGAUGUUCAGGCGUUUUUAAUACGUUGAAUCGAAUUACUAUAA